UCGCCGCUUUCUGUCCCGCUGCUGUCGCUGCCCAGGCCCAUCGCUUGCACUUCAUCACUCUCAAGAGGCUCCCCCCCCCCACAUCCUCAUAUCCUGCCUCCGGUAUGGCUGCAGAAUCCACCUCGCCUUCGCCGCCGCCCGCUGCGGGUCCGCAGACCUCAUCGGCCGUCUCGGCACAACUCAAAAUCCGGGUCAUGGAGGCCCGCAACAUCCCAAAAAAGUCGGCCAAUCCCCGGCUCUACUGCGUCGUCGAGUUCGACCGGAACGAGCUCGUCACAAAGGAGGCCAAGAUCUCAGAGCAGAUCUUUGCCGACACCCACGGCAAUGCCGUCGUCUGCCCCGUCUGGCAUCAUGCCGCCACCUUCGAUGUCUCUCGCCCCGGGAGUCUGCUGACCAUCACAAUCUGGGACCGCUCGACCGACAACGGAGCCGAGGGAGAAAUCUUUAUGGGCACGAUGAAGAUCUUGCCCACACCCAUCAGCGGCAAAAUCCACGAUAGCUGGUUCAGGCUUCUGCCUGUUGUCGGACGCAACAAGGCCAAGGGCGAGCUGCGAAUCCAGCUCAUGUACGAGACAAUCAAGCCGAGAUCGCUGGACGCCAGCACCUUUGAUGUCCUCAAGGUCAUCGGCAAGGGAAGCUUUGGAAAGGUCUACCAGGUCCGCAAGAAGGACACUGGCCGCGUCUAUGCCAUGAAGGUUCUGAUCAAGCGAGAGAUUGUCGAGAGACAAGAGGUCGCCCACACCCUCUCGGAGCGCAACGUCCUCAUCCGUGCCUCAUCGCCCUUCCUCGUCGGACUCAAGUUCUCCUUUCAGACCCCUGACUACCUGUAUCUGAUCCUGGAUUACAUCAACGGCGGCGAGCUGUUCUACCAUCUGUCCAAGGAAAAGACCUUCACCGAGCAACGGGCCAAGUUCUAUGUCUGCGAACUUGUUCUGGCUCUCGAGCAUCUUCACAAGGAUAACAUCGUCUACCGCGAUCUCAAACCCGAGAACAUUCUGCUGGACUGUAAUGGCCACAUUGCCCUCACAGACUUUGGUUUGUGCAAGGAAAACAUCAGUCCCAGCGACACUACCAACACUUUCUGUGGCACGGCCGAGUACCUGGCUCCCGAGGUGUUACUCGGCGAAGGAUACGGAGUCGCCGUCGAUUGGUGGUCCCUCGGUAUCCUGUUUUACGAAAUGAUCACGGGCCUUCCGCCCUUUUAUUCUGAGAAUGUGACAUUGAUGUACAAGAAGAUUCUGCACAACCAGCUGCUGUUCCCCGACGGCAUAUCUGCAGAAGCCCAGUCGCUGAUUCGUGGGCUCCUUGAGCGUGAUCCACAAAGACGGCUGGGCUCUGGACCCACCGGCUCCGAUGACAUCAAAAAUCACCCCUUCUUCAAGGAUGUCGAUUGGAAGGAUGUUCUCAACAAGAAUGUCCAGCCUCCAGUCAAGCCCAAUGUCUCCUCCGAAACAGACGUGUCCAACUUUGAUCCACUCUUCACCGAGACUCCCAUCAACGAAAUGUCGCUGCCGCACGGAACUCCUCUCUCCGAGACUCUGCAGCAAAAGUUCUACGGAUUCAGCUACACGGACGAAACUCUGAACGAGCAGCGAUAAGCUGAAGCAGAGUCAAUUGGAGAUACCUGUGCUCUGCUUCUUUCAUUCUGUUUUCCGGAGUAGCUGGCGGUUGUGAGUCCCGCUGGGCCGCGUCCCUCUGUCUUUUACCAACCGCCCCUCCCCCAUCUGUUCCCUUUCAUGCCUGUUUGUCUGUUUGACUACUUGUCCGCUUGACUGCGUGUCUGCUUGACUGCCUGCCCACAUUUGUCCCUGCAUAGCUGCGCUUGUUCACCCCCAUUCCUUCCUCGGCGUAGAUGCCACUGGCCAUGUGUGCGGUUGUUCGUCGUUGGCUUGUCGUCGCUUUCCCUUUGCUGUGCGAAACUUGAUACUGCGUUCCUAUCGCUUGUGUACAAAGCGGCCCCCUCUCUACCCAACAACCCACAAAUGGGACGGCCGAAAUACAAUUCAUUCAGAAACUCUCACUCCAUAA